AUGCGUCAUUUCGACGCCUGGUUCCUCCGCGACCCUUACUCAAUCUUUCACUACUAUCCCACCAACCGACGCUGGUCUGAAAACAUCCGCGAACUCAUCCAAGAACGCCAAAUCUGCGCCCCAACUCCGUCUGCCUCUGUAACCACGCCAUCAACCCCGGAUAUUUUCAAGACAAUCGACCCUCAACUCAACAGCCCCCUCUUCACCCGCCUGCCCCCCGAAAUCCGGUCCAUAAUCUGGUCCCACGUCUUCGGCGAGCCCGUCCUCCACCUCGUUCAGAUCCGCAAUCAAAUCCGCCACGUGCGCUGCCCCAAUUCUGUCUCUGCGAUUGACAAGAACCGGCGCUGCUGUCCGGUCACCGCCGCACGAUGGCGUACAGACGUUGAUACCUCGUCCGCUGCUUCACCAACCGACAGCAGCAGCACCAACAAGCAACACCUCAACACCGACCCCAACAGCAAACUCUACCCCCACACCCACCCCUCCCUCCCCUCACAUCUCAGCACCACCCCAGCAAGCCUGCUGCGCACCUGCCGCGCGAUCUACAACGAAGCAGCACCCCAGCUGUACCGCCAGGCGACCUUCGAUGUCGACGACCUAUCGACCUGGAUCGCAUUCACCGACCAGGUCAACCCGACCUGCCUGCAGGAGGUGCGGAGAUUGAGCGUGCAGGUCGUCCCGCUGGGCGGGAUGUUCCACGAUCGGGAGACCAGCCAUAAUAAUAACCAUAGCCAUAUCGACAGCAACAACAACAGCAACAGCAACAAUCCACCACCACCACCAGCAGAAACAGCAAGAACCCCCACCAACACCAGCCCCUCCCACUCAAUCCACACUUACACGCACAACCCUAACCUCUGGACAACCUUCUGGCAAAGAACCACCACCCGGUGCCCGCACCUCACCGACCUCACCCUCUGCAUCGACCUGGGCCGCUUCACCGCAACCGCAACCGCCAUCCCCACCGCCACGAACCCUGCGACGGCCACCAUAGUCGGCGGCUACAAGCUCCCGCUACACGCCGGCGUGGACGCGGAGUGGCUACGUCCCAUCGUCCGGCGGGUGCGCGGAUUGACGCGAUUCGAGCUGGCGGUCACGGCGCGGUGCGAUGCGGCGGCGCGGGCGGGGGUGGAGCGGGAGGUCGGCGGGGCGGAGCGGCUGGGGCGGUUGCGGGCGGAGAUUCAGGGGUGGGUUUGUUCGAGCCGUUGCACUAGAUUUGAGGAGGAACAGGAUGAUGCGGCGGCGGCGGCGGCGGCGGCGGAGUAUGGGUAUGACUCUGGGUACAGGUUCAGAGCUGGGAAGGAGGGGUGGCAGAGAAGAAAGCGGAGGUUGGCUAUCUGUUCGGCUUGA